AAUCUCAAUUACGCUCGUUAUGGCGGUAUUAUCCACUGGCCUACUUACUAUUUACUGCGUUCUCAAGGCUAACGAACCGUUCAAGUUCAGCCAGAUGAUCAAGUUAUAUCACGGUUAAAGAUGAUCCGCGAUGGAUGUGUUUCGUUGUUUCUUGUCCUCAUCGCUGUUGCCCGAGUAGCGGGAAGAAAUGUUACCUGUUGGGAACUGCCAUGCCGGCAAAACCGCUACCACUUCGAUUGCUGCAUCCGCCAGCUGGAGAUCGACGAUCGAACCACGAUUGAGUAUGCGAACUUUGCCAAACAACAGUACAUCCUGUUGGAAGAUAGCAACAUCUUCACUGCCUCGCCACAGCUUUUCGAGCUAAUGACCGACGCCAAAAUGUUAGAGAUAUCAGGAGGAUUUGUACCGUGGGUGCAUUUGCAACCGUCCGUAACAGUGCUGAUAAUUUACGACAGCCAGACAAAAAAGAUAUUUGUGGAUCCGGAAGAGAAGAAGUAUCGAUUGAUUUGGUUGGAAGUUCGAAACGUUACAAUGAAAGAAAUGCCGGCCAAUCUGAACCAGCUGAGAAAUUUGGAACACAUUGGGCUGGUUUCGGCCGGACUUGAGUUUUUGGUGAUGGAUCAGUUUGACGGGCUGAACAAAUUGGAAGAGCUUGAUCUAUCAGGGAACAAUAUAUUCGAAAUUUACAUCAACUUUCCUAUGAGACUGCCUUCGCUGCGAACAUUGCAUCUGAACGAAAACCAUUUAACGGCGAUUGAUGUAGGCUAUUGGCACAUGCCGGAGCUGACCACCUUCGAUUUGUCCUCCAACAAGCUGAAGUAUAUUGCCAACUACAACAGCAACCAGAUGGAGAAACUGUGUGCCAUCAAAGCCGAACGGAACCUAUGGAACUGCAAGUGGCUGGCUGAGUUUCUGCGAGCCUGUUUUCACUUCCGUGGUUACGGGUUUAGCGACCAGCAGGUUGAGUGCGACGAAGAUGAAGAGUGGCGUGAAAAUUGCUGCUACGGCAAUGAAACCGCCACUAGCUAUCAGGAAUAUCUGAAAGAAAUGCAGCUAAUCUGAGCUGAUCGGGCUAUAACAGAAGACUAGUCCGUGUGUAGAGUGUACGUUUCGGUUCUUAAAACAAUAUCUUACGUGUUCAUUUUGGUUCUAAAGUUUUUUGAAGCAGGAAUAAAUAAUUUUACGUGUAAAAA